CACUUUCUCUCUCUACAAACCCCCCACUUUCUCUCUCCUCUCAAAUUCAGCCACAAAAUCCGGCCACAAAAAGCCAUUCCCUGGCCUUCUUCCAUCACCACAGUAUAACCAGUUUCUCUCUCUCUCUCCAUCUUCAACCACCAUUAAAAAAAAUGGAGUAAGUACUGAAAACUAAAACCCUAGAGAGAGAAAGUAAAAAAAAAGUGUUUGAAUUAACCAAUUUCCGUUUCAAUUGAAGAGAGAGGAGAGAUGAUCUCGUUAACAGACCUGUACCACGUGCUCACCGCCGUGGUCCCACUCUACGUUGCCAUGAUACUCGCGUACGGCUCCGUCAAGUGGUGGAAGAUCUUCACCCCCGACCAGUGCUCCGGCAUCAACAGAUUCGUCGCGUUGUUCGCCGUCCCGCUCCUCUCGUUCCACUUCAUCUCCUCCAACAACCCCUACGCCAUGAACUACCGCUUCAUCGCCGCCGACACGCUCCAGAAACUCAUCGUCCUCGCCGUGCUCGCCGUCUGGUCGAGAACCAGCGCCAGGGGCUCCCUCGAGUGGUCGAUCACCCUCUUCUCUCUCUCCACGCUCCCCAACACACUCGUGAUGGGGAUCCCACUCCUGAAAGGGAUGUACGGCGAGAACUCCGGCACGCUGAUGGUGCAGAUCGUCGUGCUGCAGUGCAUCAUCUGGUACACGCUGAUGCUGUUUUUAUUCGAGUACAGAGGCGCGCGUAUGCUCAUCGCCGAGCAGUUCCCCGACACCGCCGCGUCCAUCAUCUCCUUCCGAGUCGACUCGGACAUACUAUCGCUCGACGGGAAGGAGCCUCUCCAGACGGAGGCCGAAGUCGGCGACGACGGGAAACUACACGUCACCGUGAGGAAAUCCACAAGCUCGAGAUCGGAGAUCUUCUCCAGAAGGUCCCACGGCCCCAACUCCGGCGUCUCGUUGACCCCGCGCCCCUCCAACUUAACCAACGCCGAGAUUUACUCGCUCCAGUCAUCGAGGAACCCAACUCCACGUGGCUCCAGCUUCAACCACACCGAUUUCUAUUCAAUGGUGAACGGGAAAAACGCGAGUAAUACUAAUAUCAGCCCGCGGCAAUCGAACUACGGCAACUUCGACGAGGAGAACGGCGGCUAUGGAAAUCAGCCGAGGCAGGGGAAUAUCAAUACGGCGUACCCUGCACCUGCUAGCGCCGGAAUAUUCUCUCCGGUGGCGGGGCCCGCCGCCGCCGCGGCGGCGAAGAAGAAACCUAAUGGGAAUGAAGGUGGCGGGAAAGAUCUUCACAUGUUUGUUUGGAGCUCGAGUGCUUCGCCGGUUUCUGAAGGUGGGAUUCAUGUUUUCCGGGGAGGUGAUUAUGGUAAUGAACUCAACGUUGGAGCUCACCCCAAAGAUUACGAUGAUUUCGGGCCGGAUCGAAACGGGCCGGUUCUGUCUAAGCUCGGUUCCAGCUCCACCGCGGAGCUCCACCCCAAGAACGGGGGUUUAGAUGCUAAAUCCACUGCCAUGCCGCCAGCGAGUGUGAUGACGAGGCUGAUUCUGAUCAUGGUGUGGCGGAAACUGAUCAGAAAUCCCAACACUUACUCGAGCCUCGUCGGCCUCACUUGGUCUUUGGUCUCAUACAAGUGGCAUGUGGAGAUGCCUGCGAUUAUAGCGAAAUCGAUAUCGAUUCUGUCCGAUGCUGGUCUUGGAAUGGCAAUGUUCAGCCUCGGGCUGUUUAUGGCAUUGCAGCCAAGAAUUAUUGCGUGUGGAAAAUCGGUAGCUGCAUUCUCGAUGGCUGUUCGUUUUUUAACGGGGCCCGCAGUUAUGGCUGCUGCUUCGAUUGCUGUUGGUCUUCGAGGGGUCCUUCUGCAUAUCGCAAUUGUUCAGGCAGCGCUCCCGCAAGGUAUCGUACCGUUCGUCUUCGCAAAGGAAUACAAUGUUCAUCCCGAUAUACUUAGUACCGGGGUUAUUUUUGGAAUGCUAGUGGCACUGCCAAUCACUUUAGUCUACUACAUCUUGCUGGGACUUUGAAGAUGGGAAUUAAUUAAUUAUCACCAAAGAAAAAAAAAUUAAUGUGUUUUUAUUUAUUUUAUUUUAUUUUAUUUUGCUAUGGUAAAUUGUUUUUUGGGGGGUUUCUAACAGAUAGAAAAAUCUAGCAGCAGAAAUUGCAAUCUUAAAAAAAUCAAAGAGAUUAUUGCAGGGGUAGGUAGUAUUUAAUUAAGUGGUAGUUGUAAUAGGAGAUAAUUAUUUUAAUUUUGUGCUUUACUGCUUCUUUUGUGAAGUUACUAUUCUGCCCCCCCUCUUUCUCUCUUAUUACUUUUGUUAGUUUUCA